AUAACGGUAUAUUUACUUCUCGCGUUUCUUACCGUACGCGGUGUAAAUAAAUGCACAGUUUGUAUAAUGUACAAAAUAUGUAAUACGAAUAUACAAAAAUAUCGAUUUCGGACAGACCAAUGCAAUAAUAAUAAUUUUUCGAAAAUUACAUUAUAUAAUAUAUCAUCGGUAAAAAUCACAUAGAUUAUCGUACGACCUAGUUGCGCGACACGAUUCCCUGCGUAACUGAUAAAUAAUGUCUCUCGAUCUCUAACGGUCACAGCCUAUUCUUGUACCAAGGCUAUCUUAAAUUUAAUUUUAAGACAGUUGGUAUUACAUUUAAUAAUUUAAGAUAUUUGUUAGUCAAUCAGAUGCAUGAUCCAAAAGACACGCUUAAGACUACGUUCGUAAACAUGGAUAUGAAUGUCGGCCCCAGGUAUCGUUUUGAAAGAGUUUAUUCCACAUCCGAGAGUUUACCCCGCACUUGCUUCACAUGACGUGCUCGUGUACACAAUAUUUUCGAAACGUGCUUGGAGUGUCGCUGAGACUCCGUAAGCGAUAAAUGCCAUCGUAUUGCGGCCCAUAAUAUAAACGCGACUAACACAACUAGAGAAAGAAAAUUGAAUCAGCCGUAUUUACCGCUAACUGAUACCUACCGUGUCGCUGCUGAGAUUGUAGAAAAUUAAACUUAUACACUAGCGCCUCGGUAUGACUCAUCCGUCUCGCGAGACGUCGCAUUAUAAAACGGUAAUUAGCAAAAUCAUUGAUGGCGGAAAAUAGAUGGCUUAGCUAAUGAUAUAUUUUUAUUUGUGUACGUGCAGUAUAAUUUAUCUGCGUUUUAUUUUGCACACAGUAUCUCUAAAUUUGUCCUCAUUUCGUUGCUUCAAUUUUUAGAAGUUUAUCAACAAAACGUUUUGUAAAUUAGAAAAACUUUCAAAAAAUCAUCAUUGUUCGCACUUGCGUUUUACGGGCUCUUUUCAAGACUUCAGGCUGCGAAACAUUUAACAUUUUUGAAAGUUUGAAAAUUCCAGAGUACCUACAACAACGCACGUUAUCGAAGUUAUUACAAACUGUCAUUGGAAAAUUCCUGAUUAGAAAUUUCUUAAUGACACUUUCUAAGAAAAAGGAAACGCGCAUUUUUUUGUACAAGGGCAGCGCUACCGCAAAGUUUGAAAAUUCUCGAUCGAGGACGGUGACGAAGGCGAUGACGAUGACGAUGCGUCGGCAGAGGACGCUCGCGGCGGCGCAUCGAUCCCGCUAGUUUCAGGCGGCAAGAUGGCCCCGGUGUUGAUCCUCGAGUCGUCCCGUGUCCCGCGUCGACGUUAGCUCGCGUUCCGGAUACCUCGUGUUGGCAGUCGUGUAGCACGCGCGUGAUACGACGGAACAGGUUGCUUAUCCAGCAGAGUAGACCGAGUGCGUCGAGGAAACCGAUCGGCCGGCGAUGACAUCACGCAGCCUCUCGAACGAGUCUUGAGAGCCGCGAGCCGCUGUGAAAACGCGCGUAUUUCGGGAAACUCGGGGCAGAAACUCGUGGACAGCUGUUGAGAAAUUCGAAUCCUGCAGCAAGCGCGGAAAGUUACCUGAAACCUGACGCUCUUUGGACCCCCGAACCUUCAGAGGGCAGAUAGAACCUUCGACUGUUAAUUAAUCCGCAUCAAAGAGGCGUCACCUCGGCCGAGUAGAGUGUCAGUGUCAUAAGGGCAUAAGGGUGACCGAAUAGUGCCGCCACCAUGAUCGUGGACGACAAACCGGAGAUGGAAGGUUUCUGGAUCACCAGCGCGAUUCACGCGAUCAAGGCUCUGUCGUACGUGUACGACUUGCUGACGUUUCCCGUGUAUCUUAUACUUCAGCGACCCUGGGAGAAGCGCAAGGCCUCUAGGAGAAUCAAGGCCCGUCCGAUUUCUAAGAAUGAUGACCAGAUCACUUACAGAAGCGUCGACUCCCCAAAACCGACGCAUAUUAUGCUCGAACGCGAAAAGGUCGACACUCUGGAGAAAGUGCUUCUCUGGGUUGUCAAGAUGCAUGGUGAUAAAAGGUGUCUUGGUACCAGGCAGAUCUUAGCGGAGGAAGACGAGCCUCAACCCAACGGCAGAGUCUUCAAGAAGUAUAAAAUGGGAGAGUACAAAUGGAAGACGUUUAACGAAGUCAAUCGGCUGGCCGCGUCCUUCGGCCGUGGUUUGUCAGAACUGGGCAUGAAGGCGCGCAAGAACAUCGUCAUUUUCGCCGAGACCAGGGCGGAAUGGAUGAUCGCGGCACACGCUUGCUUCAAGCAGAAUUUCACCGUGGUGACGAUCUACGCGACCCUGGGAGACGAAGCGAUAGCUCACGGCAUCAACGAGACCGAGGUGGACACCGUGAUUACCAGCCAUGAUCUUCUGCCGAAGUUCAAGCGAUUGCUUGAGAUGGUGCCAGAGGUCAAGACGAUUAUCUACAUGGAGGACCAGCUGAAAGCGACCGAUACCAAAGGUUACAAGGACGGAGUGAAACUGGUACCCUUCUCAAAUGUCGUCAAAAUGGGCAACACAUCGAGCGCUGGCGCCGUGUCGCCGAGGGGCGACGACACUGCUAUAAUCAUGUACACCUCGGGUUCGACCGGCGUGCCGAAGGGCGUUCUUCUCUCGCACAAAAAUAUUCUAUCCACCCUGAAAGCGUUCUGCGACGCGGUUGAGAUUAGAGCGGACGAUCUUUUCCUCGGUUUCCUGCCGUUGGCUCACGUUUUCGAACUUCUCGCCGAGAGCGUGUGCCUUUUGAACGGAGUACCCAUCGGCUACAGCUCGCCGCUUACGCUAAUUGAUUCUAGCAGCAAGAUUAUGAGGGGAUCGAAGGGUGACGCCUCCGUCCUACAUCCGACUUGUUUAACCGCAGUACCGCUUAUUCUUGAUCGCAUCUCCAAAGGGAUAAACGAGAAAGUGAAGAGGUCCGGACUACUCAGGCAGGCCAUCUUCAAUUUCGCGUACGAAUACAAGCUGAAAUGGACCAAGCGGGGUUACGAAACGCCUCUCUGCGACAAAUACAUCUUCGGAGCCGCGAGGCAGGUACUCGGCAGCCGCGUCAGGCUCGUUCUCUGCGGAGGCGCUCCGCUCAGUCCGGAUACUCACAAUCAAGUGAAACUCUGCCUGUGCGUCACUGUUACUCAAGGAUACGGUCUCACGGAGACGUCCUCUUGCGCAACUGUCAUGGAUGCGUACGACAGGACUACCGGCAGAGUCGGCGCGCCCACCACGGUUUGUGACAUCCGGUUGGAGAAUUGGGAGGAAGCUGGCUACCGCGUUACCGAUCAUCCACAUCCACGAGGCGAGAUCCUGAUCGGAGGCGACAUCGUGUCCGCAGGCUACUACAAGUUGCCGGACAAGACGAGGGAGGACUUCUUCCAGGAGGAUGGCAGGCAGUGGUUCCGAACGGGCGAUAUCGGCGAGUUCCACGCGGACGGGUCCAUCAAGAUUAUCGAUCGGAAGAAGGACUUGGUCAAGCUGCAACUCGGCGAGUACGUUUCUUUGGGCAAGGUCGAGUCCGAGUUAAAGACUUGCCCCGUCGUAGAGAACAUUUGCGUGUACGGGGACGCAAACAAGGCGUACACUGUGGCGCUAGUCGUACCUAAUCCUCACUACUUGGAGGAGAUCGCAGACAAUCUAGGAAUUACCGGCAAGAGCCUCGAGGAACUCUGCGGUAACCCGCAGAUCGAGAAGGCGGUACUGCAAGAGCUCGUUGAGCAGGCGAAAAAAUGUAAACUCCAGAGGUUCGAGAUACCCGGCGCGGUGAAGCUGUGCGCGGAACAGUGGUCGCCCGACAUGGGCCUGGUGACGGCGGCGUUCAAGCUCAAACGGAAAGCGGUCCAGGAACGCUACCAGCAUGAGAUCAACCGGAUGUACGCCUCGUGAUGUUCCGCCAUAGGAUGCACCAAGUGCUGCGCGUAACGGGGAUCGAGACCUAGGGAAUCGCCACGUCUAACAGACGGUACCUCGAUUGUAAUCUUCGUAUGCACGUAAAAACGUUCGUUGUAAGCUCACGGCAUCACGCGAUCCGCGAUCACGGGAUACGUAAACUGGUUCGGCCCUCGGCCUUCUUCGUUUAUCAAUCGCCGAGAUGCUACCGAUCCAGGCAGGCCAAUUCCGCGGUUACGGGAGGGGGGGGGGGCACGAAAAGAGUCACACUCGGAGGGUGUGCCGAGAUCCUUCGAUUCGUAAAAUGAAAGUAUCGCUUCUCGCAUUUCUUCGUCGGGUCUUCCCCGAGGGUUACAGAUCUUUCCGACCUCUUUCAUCAACAUCGACUCUCCGUUGGAUCACCGUCUUUUUCGACUCGACUCGACUUCGAGAUGAACGUCGUCGACCCAAGCGUGAGACCGACGCGUCCUUCGUGUCUACGUGUCGCUGGGUGUCGAGCUCGCGUGCGCGCGCUAACGGGAGCAGGUCAUUGCGUCAUUAGAGAAUUACGCUGUAGCGCACGACGUAGCGGCAAGACAUUGGCAAGAAAAACAAAUAAAUAAAUGAAAGACGUUCCCGUUGCCGUUCGAGAAAGCCGUUGUCGUCCUACUACCUACCUUCCUACCUACCUUGCCGCUCUUCGUUCCCCUUUCUUCCUCGACUUCGUUCCCCGUCUGUCGUCACGUCAUCCUCGAUUUACGUCGUCAAUCGAUUCGUCGUGCCUGCGUUGCCCCCUGUAUCUAAUUGUUAACGUUUAACAGGCCAGUCACAACGUCUUCGCGAACGAAUACCGAUUUGCGGUAGGCUCACGACUCGUACGGUGUACUUAUUUUAAGUAUUACUCAAAAUCGUCGAGUUUGAUUCGAUUGGAUGCGAAGGGCCACUGACCCGGAGAGCCGUUUCGUUCCCUCGCGAAAUAACGCAACGCGUAUGUGUGUAUGUAUGUAUAUGCACAUAUAUAUGUAUAUAGAAGUGAAAGACGCGGGAUUGUUUGCGUUCGGCACGCAUAGAUAAAAAUUCGAGGCAGUUUCAGUAAUAAUGUAUUGUGCAAAUUAAAUUUCUCUAUUUCUCUCACCGAUAUUACCACUUAGCGUUACUACCACAUUACGUCAUGUGCUUCGUCUGCUUUUUCGAAACGCUGAUUCAAACAUCACGAUACUCGUUCCAGCAGCAAAACCUGUAUUUUUGUGUACGUCGUGUAUGUGUAUGUGUGUGGGUAUGUGUGUAUGGGCGUGUGAAUAUAUGUACGAAGCGCGCGUGUCUCAUCCUUGUAUGCUUGCAUGCACGUAUGUUCAUAAGAAGGUAAUUAGGAAGCAACGAAACUUGUGAACUUAUAAUGAAGAGUUACGUUUAUGAACCUAUAAUUGUUCUUUAUUCUUAAUUUCUCCACGCGGGUGCCUCUGGCGGUUCGAGUCGAAGCAAAAGCGCUUCACGGUGAUGCAAGAUGCUUGUAUGCUGCUCACAUAUCGAAGUACUUUGCAAUAUAUCUCGAAACACGGCACGAUUAAGGAAAAAUAAAAAACACGCGGAAUUUGGAAUAGCA